AUGUCCCCUGGCUCCUUCGAAUAUUCCAGUGCCUCUCCCGUCAACUCGCCUCGGACAACAGCUCAGUACAACUCCACUAUGCUUUCACAUCUCCACGUCAUUGACGACUCUGAUGCUGAUGACGGCAUUGGACACGUUGUUGAUGACUCUGAGAGUGAUGACGGCAGUGGAUACGUUGUUGAUGACUCUGAUAGUGAUGACAGCAUUGGACCCGUUGAGCUACCCGAUGGCCGCCUGGUCUGUCGCCCCCACGGCUUGACAUUUUGCCCAUACUGUUGCGUCGACUUUAGUUUCAUGGAGGAGCUGUUGGAAGACCCAGAGGAACGGCUGGAGCGCGAGACGAACGAACUUUAUGAGCAAUUGAGCGAUGAAAUGCAGGCCGACAUUGAUGCGCGAUGGGGUUCCCCCAGAAGGCUUGCAGACGGUCCAGCAUACCAUGGAAACAAUGGAACCAAAACUGGCUUCCACAUCAUCGAUACAGCCGCAUCAUCGGAACCUUGCGGCCGCACCAUCAGACGAGGCACAGGACGUGUCUUUCCCACCAAGUUCAAUCCGCCGUCAGCGACUUCCGCCCCCGGAGUAUUGUUCCCAGCCGGAAUUGGCCAUCAAGCUAUCCCGCCCGUUGCUCGAUUCAUCCGCCGCGACGAUUCGGAACAAUUACUGAUCUAUGCCGAUGGUGCCUGUCUCAACAAUGGACAGCCCAACCCAAAGGCUGGAUGGGCAUUCGUCUUCAAGCCCGAUACUAACCAGCCGUCUGGGAUUGUGUCUGCCCGCCUUGAGAAGAAAGGACCCUUCGGAGACGCAUUCGCCCAGACCAGCAACCGGGCUGAGCUACGAGCUGUGCUUGCUGCUCUCCGAUUCCGGCACUGGCGAGGCGGGGGGUUCUCGACGUUAGUUUUCGCUACGGACUCCGAAUAUGUGGCAGAAGGGGCCACGUCGUGGAUUCGCGGCUGGGUGCGGAAUGGAUGGAAAACGAGCACGGGCGCUGAUGUCAAGAACAAGGAUAUGUGGGAGGUACUGCUUGGGGAGGUUGAGCGGUAG